AUGUCAUCAGAACGAAGUGGUCCGAAUGGAUCUCUUGAAGAUAAUGGUGACUACCUCCCGUUAGAAAUAAUUGGUGAUGAAAGUUCAUUGGAUGAGAGUCAUGUGUGUGAAGAUGUCAUCAUGUCGAUUACCAAUAAGCAUGUGCAAUGUUUGGCGAGAUUCUCAAAUAAUGAGCUUCUCGCAAAAGACACUAUUGGUCAAAAUGCUCUUCACAUGGCCGCUCGUGUUGGAGAUUUGAAUAUUUUGAAGUACUUACUGGACAGACUUCCUGAGCUAAGGGACAUCCAGUCGGCGAAUGGAGAAACUCCAGCACAUAUAUCAGCUGCUCAUGGAGAUAUGCGGGCUCUCGAAAUGUUGCUUGGAGGGCCUGUGAAAUCAACAAUGAACAGUGCAAUGACCCGGGAUGUCAAUGGUACAUCUAUUCUGAUGGCAUCUGUUGCACGUGGAGAUACUGACAUGUCCAUCUGGCUUCUCAGAAAGUUCGGGAAAGCACUUGCUCUUCUCGACAACAACUGUAAAAUGUUGCCAGUUCAUGUGGCAGCCGCACAAGGAAAUAAUGAAUUUCUUCGAGCAGCGAUCAAGUUUGAUAACCAAAUGGUUAAUGAUCGAGACGAGUUUGGAUGUACUCCAUGUGUUUAUGCUGUCCAGGGAGGGUGUCUUGGAACUGUUCGAUUUUUGGUCGAAAAAGCGAGAAGUGAAAUGGGAUCAGUGAGUAACCGAGGACAAUCACUUCUUCAUAUUGCAUGUCUUUGUGGACAUGAACAUAUUGUCAGAUGGAUUUUGAAUAGAUCUGGAUCUGAUGCUAUUUUAUGGACAACUAAUGACAAGGCCAAUGCAAUUCAUUGCUCAGCUUAUGCUGGAAGUGUUCCAGUCCUGUCCCAGCUAUUGAAUGCAUUCAGCAAGAAGAAGAGACACUAUGUGAUGACUCUCAGAGAUACACGUGGCAAUACUCCCCUUCAUUUGGCUGCAAUGAACAAUCAUUUGGAUGCUGCACUUUAUAUGCUGGAAAACGGAGCAGAUCCUGCCCUGAUCAAUUCCAAUGGACACUCCCCUCAAUCGAUUGCAGCUCUCCGUCAUCACAGAGAAAUGGAGAGACUCGUUGCUGCUUAUCAAGGAAAGAAGAGAAAGAGCAAAUCGAAAAAGAAGGCUCAAUCAAUGCAUGAUUUAUCUCAAUUCGCUUCUCUUCAAAGUGGUCCAAUGAGUCCAGGAGGUGUCACAAGUUAUUCAAGUAACACGAAUGGAUUCGAAACUUCUGAUAGAAGAGCAUUUUCUCCAAGAGAGCUCAGUUCUGGAUAUUCGAGUAACGGAGAUGUCGCUGAGUCAAUAAAAAGCGAAGCUGAGAUCGUCCGUCACCGCCUCCGUUUCAUCGAAGAUAAUGUGGAUUCUCUUCGUGAUACAGGUGCUCAAACAGAUAUGGAUCUUCUCCAAUCUCACGUCAAAGUACUUGAUGACAAAACUUGGGCAGGUCUCGGAUUGUCUGCUGUCGAGCAUAUUGAUCGAGUUCUUGAUGAACUUGAAUUCCAAGAAUAG